AUGGCAGAUCAACAAUAUUUCAAGUCUUCGGUACAGAUAUCGAGGCCGUUUUUGACAUCAAAGGCGGUGAAGUUCUUGCAAAAGAAAACCAUCCCUGAUUACCAAACUUAUAAACAAAGAAUAUCACAUGUCUUGAGUUUCCUUCUAAGCUUGACAAGGCUACUCAAGUUUCCAUCCAGAACUCUCGAGUCAGCAAUGCUAUACUACCAAAGAUACUACCUUUUUAAUCAUUUUUCGACAUCAAGCAACAUUGACGUUGCUAUAGCUGCAUUAUUUAUUGCCAGUAAAAAUGAAGAUACCAUCAAGAAAUUAAGAGAUAUAAUAGCUAUAGCAAAUCCAUUGAGGAAUGCCCCAAAUACCAAUGAAGCAAUCGAGGAAAACAAAAAAGUGAUUCUUAAUUUCGAAAAGAAGAUGUUGGAGACUAUAAGCUUUGAUUUCAGAACCUACCAUAUUGAUGAAUUAUUGAUUCGUAUAGCUAAAGACUUGAAACUAUCUGUUGAUUUGACCUAUUUAGCUUAUAUGAUCGCCUUUGACUCAUUCCAGACAGAAGUGAGUCUUAAAACUCCUCAGCAUGCAACUGCAAUCGCUUGUAUUAUUAUUGCUGCGAAGUUCCGGGAAGAAAAUAGCGUCUUUCCAUUAAACUCGGCCAAGUACAAGUGUGAUAGAGCGUUGGUAAAUGAAGCGCUAUUUGAAAUAUUGGAACUUUAUAUCAAUAACUAUAACUAUGGUAGUUUGGCAGACAUGUACCCGAAUGAUAAGGAAUCUUUCAUAAAGAUUAGAAUUAAUAUCAAAAACGAGAUAAAUUUGAAAGAUUUGGAUGAAAGAAGUUUGUUAAACGACGGAUUUUACAAUAUUAAAAAUUAUAAUGUUAGUGACACAGGAAGUGCGAGAUACAUGCUAGGCAAUCAAGAGAAAAGGUUUUAUGAGGAAGUGGAUGCUCAAGAAAAUUAUAAAGAAUCAACAGAGCCAAAAAAGGUGAAAUUGCAUUGA